AUGUCGGAAAUCCAUCCUAAACAAGAAGCCCUCGAGGCUCAGGAUACAUCACCGCGAUAUGAUGAGAAGCAGGGCACCACUGAGCCCAUUGAGGAUGGCCCCAAGCAGUCAUGGGCGCUGCGCAAUGGGCUUACUCCCGGCUCAUUCGCUCCUCAUGACGAUUACGCAAAGGGAACCGCUGAGCUGCAGCGUGAGAUGAAGCCCCGUCAUCUUAACAUGAUCGCUAUUGGUGGCAGUAUUGGAGCUGGUUUCUUCGUCGGUAGCGGUUCUGCUCUGCAGACUGGUGGCCCUGGUUCAUUGACUAUUGGUUUCUUGAUCAUGGGUGUCAUGAUCUUCAACGUUGUCUAUGCUCUCGGUGAACUUGCUGUCAUGUAUCCCGUUUCUGGUGGUUUCUAUACCUAUGCCAACCGAUUUGUUGAUCCCUCUUGGGGUUUCGCCAUGGGUUGGAACUAUGUCAUGCAAUGGGCUUUCGUUCUUCCUCUUGAGUUGACAGUUUGCGGCACAGUCAUUCAAUACUGGGCUCCGCAUACUAGCGUAGCUAUCUGGGUCAGCGUCUUCCUUGCUGUUAUUAUCCUCGUCAAUAUUUUCGGUACCCUUGGUUACGCCGAGGAAGAGUUCUGGGCUGCACUGCUCAAGCUCUCUGCCACCGUUAUCUUCAUGAUCGUCGCUGUCGUCCUCGUUUGCGGUGGAGGUCCUUCUGAUGGAGAGUACAGCACUUACCAGGGCGCCAAGCUCUGGUAUGACCCAGGUGCCUUUCAGCACGGUUUCCGAGGCUUCUGCGGUGUGUUCGUCACCGCAGCCUUCUCCUUCAGUGGAACAGAACUUGUCGGUCUCGCUGCUGCCGAGGCCAAGAACCCCGCCAAGGCUCUCCCUGGCGCCAUCAAGCAGGUCUUCUGGC